AUGCCUCCUUUACCAGGUGAAGAGCGUGUGCUGACCGUUUUCGCCGAUAUCCAUUGUUAUUUUACAGCCCCUACUCCCAAGCCUCAAUAUCAUCGGUUCGAUAAAGGCUCAUAUUUAUAUCUGUAUAAAAAUGCGUCUCCGCAGAAGCUAAGAAUCGAAGUUGCCAACAAUCCUGGGACUUCAGAUCAGGAUGCAUUCAACGGAUCAUUGGAUCAUGUUCAUCUGCGCCAUUCCGCCAGCUUUCCAACCCUGUGCACCCUGACUGUAGAUGGGUACAACCAGCAGACCUCGGAGGACUUCCCACCUCCACCGGUGAACAAUCCAUACGAAUGGCAAUUACCUCUAAGUGGCCCGCAAGUCGGAAGCACAGACCUGCACCGACUUCAUACGAUAGACAUCUACUUUUGGACUCUGGACGACGCAAAUGAAUUCUUAAACUUGGUGGAGCGAUAUUUGUCACAGUCCCAGGUUGAGACAGACCGGCAUCCCUAUCCAGUCCCAGCAGGCUCUACAGUCAGUUCUGUUGUUGAACAGCUAGAGAACGUGGCAAUCACGGACCCUGCAUAUCAGAAUGGGCAAACUCGCAACUCUCGAUCAGAAGCGGUCUCUAUUAUUGGGUCCCAACAUGUUACCGCUCCAGCAGCUCUUCCUCCUCCCCCACCGGUCGGUGCACAACCAACCCCUCCGAUGACCCAACCCGCGCCUGAGAAGCAGCCAGACACCACCCAAUUCGCACCCUUGCCAUACAAUCCGGCCGCCCCCGCCGCACCAGAACCCAUCCAGCACCGCGAGAAGACACCACCACCGGUAGACGCCGCGGACGGCACAGGUCUCGCAGCAGCGGUGGCAGCAGAUAACGGCGCUCCAAUGACAGCUCCCUCCCAGAUCUCAGGAGGCGGAGGAGGCUACGGACCGCCGCUGAGUCACGCACUGCCCUACUCUCCCCCCGGGAGCUACGCCUCGCCUCCCCCAAGCGCUGGGCUCACGCACUCAGGCUCUUUCUCCUCCCAAUCAUCCAUUCAGAGCCCGCCAGGAGUUCCGUCAUACACCCCGGCCUUCCUCGCAGGGGGUGGUGCAGUUCCACCCGGAACCCAGCCAGGAGCAAUGUCCUUCGCCCCACCCCCCGUGGAUCCAAACGCCCAUCUGCACGCGCACGGGCAAAGUCCCUACGGCUCCAAUUCCCAGGCCCAGCCCCAAGUUCAAUCUCAACCCCAAAUCCAGCCUACGUCGCCCCCGCCCCCGCUCGGCGGCUAUUCCAACUACUCCUACGAACCAGCCCCGCAGCCCACGGCACCGACCUAUGACUAUUCCGUGCAUAAACAACUGUACCAACCCACUGAGGCAGAGGCCAAUUCCCAUUCUCAGAAGUAUGCGCAGAAAGCCAGGCAGAACCCGGGACAGCGCUCGCGAAAAAUCGAGGACAGUGCGUCUCGGGUGGAAAGUAGUGUGAAUAGGUUUCUGAAGAAACUUGAGAAGAGACUCUAG